GAGGACAUGUUGGAGGGAAUGAAGAUUGAAUUUCCUCGAGUGUAAACACUCAAAACCUAGACACUGUUGGCUACCUUUUCGGCGGGGAGAACAGUCCUCCUGAUAUGAAAAAACCUCCGUGUCCCGUAUGCCGAUCUAGAACUUACAGAAAAGACUCUGCUGGAUUUUACGUCUGCCAAUAUGGUCACCAGCUUACGUCAUAUGUAGAGGAGCGUGGCGACGACGAUGCGGAGGCUGCCUCAAACGCCCGGCGGCGAGCAAGUGGACGACGAUCACAAUCACGAGAGCGAAAGCGAAAAGCAAAAGAGUUUAAACAUGAUACACCCUUCAGUGUGAUCUGUGAGGUUUUUCAGUGGUCGCUCAAGCUACAGGUUCAAGCUAUUAUAAAGAUACAGGGACUGUCUGAAGAGCUGGAGUUGGUCGUUCUCGAUCUAUGGUCGUUGUACGUCACUGCCUUGGAGGUUGAUUUCGAGGAUCGUCGUCGUAACCAUUUGAACUGGCGGCCCUCUUCGCAACAAUCAUCUGUCCCGCCCUCCUCUGGAGACGAGAGUGUAAAUGCAUCGGACGCAUAUAGUGACUCUGGACGACGAGGCAAACGAAGGAGAAGAAGUCGCAGUCGUACGCCGAACGUCAGUACCGAUGGCGAGUCAGAAGCAGAAGUGGAAUACCUGAGGGUGAUGCAGAAUAUACUACCUUAUUACUCGUUGGUCUUGUGCCAUCUUGGCUGUCUUCUGCUCCGGGUGCCAAUUUUACUCAAGGAUCUGCAUCGAUGGUCAAUAUCCGGAGACAUCCCGUACUUCUUCACGGCUACAGAUCUUCCGAGCGAAUUGACAUCACGGUUCAAUCUUUACCGUUCCGGUAUUGAACGAAAGGUGGUUCCCAGUGUGUCAGAGAUGUUUGACGCGUCAGGAUCGUUUCGCCGGCUGUUUGAAGAAAAGUUUGGGAUUGCCUUCCCGCCUGUGAACGCACCUUUACUAUGGAUACGCACGUUGAAGGAACUUUGCCUCCCAGUCACAUUUUACUCCGACAUGGCAGUGCUGUACCGUCUACUUAGUGGCUUUAAAAGAGGGGGAAAGCACCUCCGUCAUGGCGAGGUGUGGCAUGGGGCCCUGGCGUUGGUGAUAUUUAAAUUGCGAUGUGGAGCAGAUCAUGAUUCGAAGGAGAUGCAGAAGUGGAUCAAUCAUUUGGCAACCAGAAAGGAUGGACAGCCACCAUACGCAACAUGGUCCACGAGCGACAUAGAUAACCAGGAUCUCCGAGGUCGGAAGGAAUAUAUCAAGAAUUUUGCAAGGGCGCUUUUACGUCGUGGUGCAAAACAGAAGGGUGCUGAAAUUUUCGAAGCAGCCUGCGCACCACGUGAGCAGUCCGAAAGUUUCCAAAGCACGAACGAACCCCUCCAACCAGCCAACAGACAAACUCGUUCAUAUCCACCUCUAUCGGAUCUUGCCGGGUCUGACUACAUCUCCUAUGUCGGUCGCGAUCCGGCAGGAGAGUUUCAUAGUCCUUACGGAAUUGUCCAAGGGAAGUGCGCGGAUAUGCUUGGCGUGGAUGCACUUGACCUGGAGGGGAAAGUAAGGCGCAUCGAGAAGCAAUUGAAAGUAGAAUUACUGUGGAUUCGUGAUAUUAUUCGGGAUCACAGAAGCGACCAAGGAGUGUCAAAUCCACCUCAUUGCACUAGUGGCGCCUGAUGAUCCCUUUAAUGCUUCGUCUCUAUCCUUGCGUUGGGAUUAAUGUCUAGGACAAGGACGCUUGCAGUGGCAUCCUCACAGCGACCACACCUGCGGUGGACGCCAUACAUAGCGGGCAUUGUAACCGUUGAUUCAAAUUGUACAUAAUCAGUCAGCACCAGUGUAGAAAAUCAAUGUACGAGAUCACUAAUCCUCUAGCCAGUCUAAUAGCAACGGUGUAUAAUACGUGAUA